AUUAUCGUGGUUGUACAUUAUUGCCUCCCAUAAAAUCAAGGUUGAAAUUGAUGUUGGUUGAACCUUCAUAAUUUGAGAAUGGCGAAAUAAACCAAGCGCAAAGGAAUAAACGAUUUCAUUCAUAUGAUACAGUUGUAUGUGAUUUACUAAGACGCGAGUGUUUAAAAUGUGUUCUGAGUUACCAAAGGAAUUUGAGAAAAACACCGAAGUUUUACCAUUUACGAAGUAUGGAUUGUCCACAUUACAAGAUUUUUCGAAAGCAGAAAAAGACAUUCAACAUAUAGAGUGGCUAAAAAAAGUUGGAUUGUCUAAUGAAGAAGUGAAACUAUAUCAAGAAAACGAAGCUGGUCUUUUAGAUCAGCGCAAAAAAAUUGAAUCCUCUGUUUUGAAAACUAAAUUGGAUGAGAUUUAUAAUAAAAUAAAUCAUUUUCAAGCCUUUAGCAGUUCAAAGCAAAAUACUGUAGCACCAAGUACUUCUACAAGUAAAAAUGAACAAACUCGCGAAACAAAGCCAAAGAGGGCUCUUAAAUUCUAUCCUGAAAGUCAUCCUAUGCAUGAAUUGAAAGAAAUAGAGGAAGAUCUCUUUGGUCAUUUAAGAAAUGACAACAUAAUGCCAAUAACAAAGAGAAGAAAGCUGUUAAGACGUCUGGAAAGAAAGAAAGAAAAGAUUAUCGCGCAACAAAAGCAAUUACAACUUGUUACGACACACAAUGAAUCACAACCCUCAACAAGUAAGCCUGGGAGUUUGUGGGAUGUAAAAGACAUCCCAGAAAGACUUCCAGAAUGCAGUACAUCUAAGGGACUACCUAAUACAUCAAAAGAUAAAUUAAUAGGCCCAAAAGCACAGACAAUGUACACAAUAAAAGAUAAUAAAAUAUUAAGAUUAGAGCCAGUGCAAGAUGAAGCGAGGGAUGAAUUCCGAGCAGUAGAUAUUGUGAUGCCUGUGAAUCCAGCGGAAGAGCAACUGCUAGAAGGAACUAAGAUGAACCUGGAUGAUAUCAAGGCUAUGGACAGAUUUAAGGAUUAUGAACCUGGGAUACCAUCAAAAGUGUUAUAUUUAAAGAACAUAUCUCCAGCGGUAUCUGAAGAACGUAUCUCUUUACUAUUCAAUCAAUUCCUAUUGGAAAAUGGUGGACCCAUCGAUGUACGAUUGCUCAGCGGCCGUAUGAGGGGACAGGCUUUUGUCACAUUUUCAAGUGAAAAUCUAGCCAUUAAAGCAUUGGACGAAGUCAACGGUACAAUUCUCAGUGGUCAACCAAUCAUUGCACAGUUUGGUCGGAACAGCAACCGCAUCCAAGAUAACAGAUAAACAUACAAUUCUCAAUUACACAUUACUUUAGUAUUUAAAAUCUAUUUAUAUUAUCAAUCUAAUAUAAUCAAAUCAAUGUAUUAAUAUAUACUAAGAUUAGAAAUGUCUAUGAAAUUAUGCUUACACUAAAAUGAUUUUUAUUUCUAAAUCCUUAGUUAAAUCUAACAGUGAUAGUAAAAGCCCUUAUCUUCUUAAAUUAAGUAACAUACAAUUAUCACUAUUGAUGAUUCAAAAGUUAAAAAUGUAUAGAACUGAUGAUAAGAUUUGAUAAAUAACUUUAAACUGUCGUGGUUUUUACAAAUAUAA